AUGACUUUCAAUCCCCUUGCUAUUAUUCUCAAAGAAAACAAACUAGUUAGACCUAAUUAUAUUGACUGGAAAAGGAAGUUAGAUAUUGUACUGGUUGUAGAGGAGUACAAGUACGUGCUUGUAGAGGUAUGUCCACAGAAACCUGGUGAAGGGGCAACCAAUGAGGAAACCCAGGCUUACAGAAAGUGGAUUAAGGUUGAUGAGAUGGCGCGAUGCUACAUUUUGGCAUCUAUGUUGAAUACUACUAUGAAGGAACUUAUGAAUACUACUAUGGCAAAAGGGACCCCAAUAAAGGAUCAUGUUCUGAAGAUGAUUGGUCGUCUCAUUAAGUUAAAGAUCCUUGAAGCUGAAAUCGAUGGGGAAACCCAGCUUCAAGAAGUUGAGAGCCUCAUCAGGAAGCCAACUAUUGCUCUUGUCACCGAGAAAGCUUCUUCUUCUAGGCUAAAAGGCCGAAAGAAGUAG